CAUUUCUUUUAUUCAUCGCUACUUCCCCGUACUAGGAAUCCUUCCUCCCCAAAUUGCGAUGCCUCUCUCCCAUCAACAAACCAAUUAUCGCUUAACUUAUUUAUAUAAUUGAUCUCUCAACAUAAACAAACUGAGCAGAGAAAGAUUGAAGCAACUUUGAAGGGGAGGGAAAUUAGGAGAAUGGAUCAGAGAGAAAGAGAAGGGAUCAAUGACAUUGAGAGCAAUGAAGGAUCUAUGGACAGAAAUGGGUCAUCAAGCUUUGAUGAUGACAAGGAGCUGGGGAUGAUGCAGCCUCUGCUCGAAAGGAAGAGGACUAUGAAUACAACCUCUCAGAUUGCGGUUGUGGGAGCUAAUGUUUGCUCAAUUGAGAGCUUGGAUUAUGAGAUUGUAGAAAGUGACGUAUACAAGGAAGAUUGGCGCUCUAGGAGAAAAGAUCAGAUAUUUCAGUAUGUCAUUCUCAAGUGGACUUUUGCACUUCUUAUUGGCUUAGGCACUGGGCUUGUUGGCUUCUUCAACAACCUUGCAGUUGAGAAUAUCGCGGGAGUCAAAUUGCUUAUGACCAGUAACCUAAUGCUUAAGAAUAGGCAUCAAGAGGCAUUUUUUGUAUAUGCUGGUUGCAAUUUAAUUUUGGCAGCUGCAGCGGCAGCGCUAUGUGCUUAUAUUGCACCUGCAGCAGCUGGUUCUGGCAUACCUGAGGUGAAAGCUUACUUAAAUGGUGUCGAUGCUCAUUCUAUAUUGGCUCCUAGCACUCUCUUUGUAAAGAUAUUUGGUUCAAUUGGGAGUGUGUCUGCUGCGUUUGUAGUGGGCAAGGAAGGUCCAAUGGUUCACACUGGAGCAUGCAUUGCAUCUUUACUCGGCCAGGGUGGGUCCCGGAAGUAUCAUUUGACUUGGACGUGCCUUAGAUAUUUCAAAAAUGAUAGGGAUCGGCGAGACUUGAUCACAUGUGGAUCUGCUGCGGGUGUUGCGGCUGCCUUCAGAGCCCCUGUUGGGGGUGUUCUCUUUGCCCUUGAAGAAGUUGCUUCUUGGUGGAGGAGUGCUCUUCUGUGGAGGACAUUUUUCACCACUGCAGUAGUUGCGGUGGUAUUAAGAACUCUGAUAGAAUAUUGCCGCAGUGGAAAAUGUGGACUAUUUGGUAAAGGAGGAUUAAUUAUGUUCGACCUCAGCUCAACUACUACCACUUAUAGUGCACCAGAUUUAGCUGCAGUUAUACUUCUGGGAGUCAUUGGAGGCCUCUUCGGAAGCCUUUACAACUUUUUUGUUGACAAGAUCCUUCGCACAUAUAGCAUCAUUAAUGAGAGAGGUCCACGAUUCAAGAUACUUCUUGUUGUCAUCAUCUCUCUCCUCACAUCAUGCUGCUCCUAUGGACUCCCUUGGCUCGUGCAGUGCACUCCAUGCCCUUCUGACGCCCUAGAUAAAUGCCCAACAAUUGGUCGUUCAGGCAAUUUCAAGAAUUUCCAAUGCCCUCCUGGCCACUACAAUGACCUAGCUUCUCUUUUACUCAACACCAAUGAUGAUGCCAUAAGGAACCUCUUUAGCGGGGGAACUAAUAACGAGUUUCACGUAUCCACUCUUAUUAUAUUUUUUGUUGCCAUAUACUUUCUUGGCCUCGUGACCUAUGGUAUCGCCAUUCCUUCAGGUCUCUUCAUCCCUGUUAUACUUGCUGGUGCCUCUUAUGGUCGGUUAGUAGCGCACAUUUUCAACCCGAUAUCUGACCUAGAUAAUGGGCUAUUUGCGCUUCUUGGGGCAGCUUCUUUUCUUGGAGGGACUAUGAGAAUGACUGUCUCGGUGUGUGUUAUACUUCUAGAGCUUACCAAUGAUCUAUUAAUGCUCCCAUUGGUGAUGCUCGUGCUCCUAAUAUCUAAGACGGUUGCGGAUAGCUUUAACAAGGGGGUUUAUGAUCAAAUUGUGAAGAUGAAGGGGUUUCCUUAUAUGGAGGCUCACUCGGAGCCUUAUAUGAGAAAUUUGGCGGCAGGGGAUGUGGUAUCGGGUCCACUCAUUACCUUUUCCGGUAUAGAAAAGGUGGGAAAUAUAGUUCAUGCGUUGAAAUCGACAGGCCAUAAUGGAUUCCCAGUUAUUAACGAGCCACCAUUUGCAAAUGCAACGGAAUUGUGUGGGCUUGUGUUGAGGGCUCAUUUACUUGUUUUGUUGAAGAAGAAGAAAUUUUCUAAGGAGAGGGUGGAUAUUGGUAAUGGGGAGAAUUUUCAGAGGUUUGGGGCCUUUGAUUUUGCAAAGGGGGGAUCGGGGAAGGGAAUGAAGCUGGAGGAUUUGUGUGUGUCGGAGGAGGAGAUGGAGAUGUAUGUAGAUGUGCAUUCGAUCGCUAAUACUUCGCCUUAUACAGUGUUCGAAACAAUGUCUCUAGCGAAAACUGCUGUUCUUUUUAGGGAGUUGGGACUCAGACACUUGAUUGUAGUGCCAAAAACAACAGGGAGAUUUCCUGUUGUUGGGAUUUUGACGCGGCACGACUUCACUCAUGAGCACAUUGUUGGACUCUUUCCUAAAAUCAAAAAGCACGGGUAGAGGCGAGAAAGAACCAUCAAGUGCUCUUUGUUUGUAUUUGCUUUGGUUUAUGUCCAUAAAUUUGCGAGUUAUUAUAUAUCAUCCUAAGCUUUUAUGGUCCCAGUUUUUCUUGGAGAUGGGUGGAACUCGGUUGUUGGGAGUGCCAAAAUCUGAAGGAACUUAAUUCGAAGUUCAUACAGCAGAUGAUCUAUAAUUUGAAGCUUCUCUAUAAAAGUUAACAGAGGGUUCUUUGUAGUCUCAGCUGCUGGAUUUUUGGCAGUAUGCAUACUGGAAAUCUGCUCUUCGUUGUUGCAAUAUCUAUUGUAAUUUUUUUUUUGAUUUGGUGAUGAUUAAUUGGACCUAUAUGCAAUUUUACAAUUUGUGGAAUAAGAAGAGAGAAAAAUCCCUAUGGCAUACUAAUUUGUUUUUGAGCUCACAUUCUUCACAUUCAAUUACUUGAUUCUUUGUUAUA